CAGCGGGCAACGUGAUUGGCUGAGCGCGGCGAGGAGGGCGGGGCAUGCUGUCUCGUUGCUUGUGCGUGUUUGUUCGAGGGAAAAAUCUGCUGGAGCGAUUCGAGGCCUUGCAUCUACUUCAUAUGAACGAAAAAGGAAUAAACACGUUCUGUUUGGUAGUUUUCCCUCAUGCAACAGGCAGAAACCUUUGGAUAAAUUCAAACGGAGGUCGCGGAAUGGUGUUGAACAAUCACACUUGAUUCUCAUCGUAUGAGAAGAAUGUAGAGACGUGAAUACAAUCAGCUGGUUUUCUCGUUGUUUUAAUUUCGUUUUAUUUUGAGACGAUGGCCUACACAAAUUACAGCUCACUAAACCGAGCUCAGCUCACCUUUGAAUAUCUGCACACAAACUCGACAACCCACGAGUUUCUUUUUGGAGCGUUGGCCGAACUUGUGGACAACUCAAGAGACGCAAAUGCCACACGGAUAGACAUCUACACAGAGAAGAGACCAGAUCUGAGAGGCGGGUUUAUUCUGUGUUUUCUUGACGAUGGCACUGGAAUGGACCCCAGCGAAGCCACACAUGUCAUCCAGUUCGGCAAAUCAAGCAAACGAUUCCCAGAGUCCACUCACAUUGGCCAGUAUGGAAACGGAUUAAAGUCGGGUUCCAUGCGUAUUGGGAAGGACUUCAUUCUUUUCACCAAAAAAGAUGACAAAUUAACGUGUUUGUUUUUGUCGCGAACGUUUCAUGAAGAAGAGGGUCUGGACGAGGUGAUUGUCCCAUUACCCAGUUGGGAUGCGAAGACCCAGCAACCUCUGACUCAAGACACAGAGAAGUACGCUACUGAGACUGAACUCAUAUUUAAGUAUUCACCUUUUAAGAAUGAAGAGCAGCUAUUCUGCCAGUUCAAGAAGAUCGAAGGACCCAGUGGUACGCUGGUUGUAGUUUAUAACUUGAAGUUGAUGGAUAACCGAGAGCCGGAGUUGGAUGUGGAGACGGACCACCAGGACAUCCAGAUGGCUGGGACGCCUGUAGAGGGAGUGAAGCCAGAGAGGAGAUCAUUCCGUGCAUAUGCUGCUGUCCUGUACAUCGAUCCCAGAAUGAGGAUCUUCAUACAGGGUCACAAAGUCAGAACUAAGAGAUUGUCCUGUUGCUUAUAUAACCCUAGGAUGUACAAAUACACAUCAACGCGCUUUAAAACCCGUGCGGAGCAGGAGGUCAAGAAGGCAGAUCACCUCUCGAAACUUGCUGAGGAGAAGGCACGAGAGGCCGAGAGUAAAGCUCGUGCCCUGGAGUUAAAGCUUGGUGAUGAUUUAUCCAAAGAAGCCAGAGCCGCUCUGAGAAAGGCACAAGAUUCGGCUGUGGCGUUACGUGCCGAAGCUACUAGAAAACAAGCCAUCCAUGCAUCCAAACAAAAAGCUUUGAAAGAGCCCAAAGAGCUGAACUUUAUAUUCGGUGUGAACAUCGAGAGACGAGACCAGGACGGAAUGUUCAUCUAUAACUGCAGCCGUCUCAUUAAGAUGUACGAGAAGACAGGACCACAGCUGGAGGGAGGAAUGGCCUGUGGGGGUGUUGUAGGAGUAGUGGAUGUUCCCUAUCUAGUGCUCGAACCAACACACAACAAGCAGGACUUUGCAGAUGCUAAAGAAUACAGACACUUACUGAGAGCCAUGGGAGAAUAUCUCGCCCAGUACUGGAAGGACAUCGGUAUAGCUCAGAAGGGCAUAGUGAAAUUCUGGGAUGAAUUUGGUUAUUUGUCGGCUAACUGGAACUCCGUCCCCUCAAAUGAACUCCGGUUUCGCAGACGGAGAGCCAUGGAGAUCCCGGUCACCAUCCAGUGUGAUAAGUGUUUGAAGUGGCGGACGCUGCCGUUCCAGAUGGAUGCUGUGGACAAACGGUACCCAGACAGCUGGGUGUGUCUCAUGAACCCGGACGGAACCCAGGACAGGUGUGAUGCUUCUGAGCAGAAGCAGAAUUUGCCCAUUGGCAUUUUGAGAAAGGAUAUCAAGUCAUCAGAGGACAAACAGAAAGAUAUAUCAGAGAAAAUCCGUCAGCAGCAAGAAAAACUGGAGGCCAUGCAGAAAACCACAACAGUAAAAUCAGCAGCAGAUUUAAAACGGCUCCCUCUAGAUGUCAGUACAAAACCUGCAGAAGAGCGCACGCCUCAGCCGACCCGCUCAUCUCAGCGAGCAGCGCCCCGCCCACGAUCCCCACCUCUCCCCGCAGUGGUCAGAAAAGUUGUCAGUCAACCACAGAUAGCAAAAACUCCUCCCCCUAAAGCAACGCCUCCUUCACGACCUACCCGGACCCCACCAGCUCCUCCCCCUCCGUCCAAAGCAAAGUCAUCACCAGCUCCUGCAACGAAGGCAACAAAAGCUGCCGCCAAACCUGUAGCCCCGCCCCCACCACCACCGCCGCCCACAAAGUCACCGGCUCGCAGAAGCGUCACGCAGAGCCACGCCACUACACCAUCUUCCACCAAGACUGCUGGCAAACAAACUCCAACCAGCAAGAAAGAAAACCUAAAGAAAGGUAGAGUCCAGGAAGAGGAGGAUGCAGAGGAAGAAGAAAGUGAAGAAGAGGAAGAAGAAGAAGAGGAGGAGGAUGACGAAGAAGACAGUGCAUCAGAAGAGGAUGAACCUCAACCCAAAAAAUCAAAGAUGGCGGCGUCUGUUCAGGCUCGAGGGAAAGCUGUCGUGGAAAAAAAAACACCAGCAGCUGUUAAACAGACCAACGCUGAGGUUAUCACAAAUAGCACUAAUGAAGAUCUGAAGAAAGAUGCGAUAAAAAAUGCACAGAAAGAUCUAAUAAACGGUGUCGUAGAUAAAGGAAUUCAGGUGGAGGCGAAGGUGAAUGGUGAUUGGUUCACGGGUCGUGUAACCGCAGUAGAGACGGGAAAGGAGAACAUACGCUGGAAGGUCAAGUUCGACUAUGUUCCCAUGAACACUCCAAGAGACCGCUGGGUGUUUAAGGGCAGCGAUGACGUCCGUCUUAUGCGUCCCGCCUCUCCAGAGUCCCGAAGUCCAGACACCAAUCAGGGUCCGGCACGGUCUGUUACUCCGCCCACCGCUGCUGAGCCUGACACGACUCAGAGCGGGCCGAGCAGAGAGACCACAGAAGGCCUUGUGACCAUGAUGAGGACGUUGCUACGGUAUUUUUUCCCUCCGGAUUUCCGAAUCCCUAAAGAUUCUGUGAACACUAUGAGUGCAGAGGACCUCGUGGCCUUUCCCAUCAAAGAGUAUUUCCAGCAGUAUGAGGCCGGACUGCAGAGUCUGUGUAAUUCCUACCAAACUCGGGCGGAGUCGCGGGCACGAGCCGUGGAGGAGAAGAGCAGCGGGGCAGAAACCAAACUUCGGGAAUCUGAGGAGAAACUCCGCAAACUCAGAACCAACAUCGUCGCUCUUCUGCAGAAAGUCCAGGAGGACAUUGAGAUCAGCAGUGACGAUGAGCUGGACGCCUACAUUGAAGAUUUGGUCACAAAGGGAGAGUGAAACCCUGCAUCUCCUCUGUUUUACCUACAUUUUCACUCUCUACACGUGUUUCAUGCAUUCUAUGCGCUCUGACGGCUGACUGGAGAUGAUUGCUGGUCGGCCACAUCUUCAUCCAUGUACUGUAACAAUGCAGCAAGAGCCAACUUCAACUCAAUUUUCGGUUCAAAACGCUACUCAGGCCAUCGACUCAGCCUUAGAGCAGAUUUAACUUGUGGGCCGCAGGUAAUGAGAGAUACAAAUGGUUUCAUAAAACCUGCAGUUUGAAAACUUUGUUCGGUUUUACUCUACAUGGAGGUUUUGAGUUUGUGCUGGGUGUUUUAGGAUCUCAGUGUUGUAAAGCUUCAUUCUCAACCCGAUUUCAUGGAAGAGUCCUUCUCACAGAUUCCUUUCAAACCAGUUUGACAUUUUGAGUUUGAAAAUGGGCUUGAACUUGCUGCUAUGUUAUCAGAAUUGUCUCAAGUUUGAGUUCCUUCCUGUUUCAUUUUCCAUGUACUUGGAUGUGAUAUUCAGUUUGUGUUUCAGUUUUAUUUUUAAUCCUCCAGUUUCCUUAUUUUUUAUUUUUGUUGU